GAUUGAAUGGUGACAGGUUCGGCUUCUAUAGAUACCGAGGCUGGAUUAAUGAGAGUAGUAACGUGUAGGCCUAUAUAUAAAGUGUAGGCCUAUAUAUAACGUGUAGUAUAGAAGGAAUUCACUGUUGACUGAGGAGAACUUGAGAACUAACACACUCGAAUCAUGUUCUUUAAACCAUUGUCAUUUUUGGUCGCUAUCUUGCCAUUUGCGUGUUCAUUCUAUAUAGGUCCUGACUACGAUGCACCCGACCAAAAAUUUAUGAGUAGAAACGCUUAUGGUCAACUUCAGUCAUUUGACGUUUCCCAUGAACGGAAAUAUGUUCGGAACGCCUAUGGUGGUGUCAGUGCUGUUCGAGUCACAGAAUUCUCAGAUCCAGACAUUUAUCACAGACCAGGUCCAGCUUAUUUACCUCCACAUUUUGACAUUGCUCCUGUUCCAUUAGUUCCUUUGGCGCCAAGGUUCCCGGUUCCACAUCAUCCGUUUGACUAUCAUUUCUGAAAUCGUUGCUGCCAACUUUAAAUUUUGCUGCGGUGAUCUCAUUGACCUAGUGGACUGAAUGAUGUCACAGAAUGGUGAAAGAUGAAUACAUCCUUGUUGAGUUCGUGGCAAACGUAAUGAGUUGUGACUGCGUAGCGACACCACAGGCGCAAAUAUACACAUCUAAACACUGAAUGAAACCUACACAUAUGCUAAGUACUAGUGACAAUAUCACACUUGGGCGCUGGCGCAAUCAUAUACACUUAUGUUAGGGCACUGACACAAACAUUUACAUUUAUAUUGGGCGCUGAUACAAACAAAUACUCUUAUGUUAGGCGCUGACGCGAAGAUACAUACCUUACAGUGACGCAUUAAAAUCAUUUAUUUUCAUGUAUAAAAUUAAAAACAUUUGUCUGGUACAAAGAAA